UGGCUCAAAUGUUGACUCGUUAACCUCCAAAAUCAAAGACAGCUGUUCCAAGAAUUCUAUUUUGGGCCUUAUCUUAUUGUGUACACGCACAGGACCGGCUUCUCUCAAGGUGAUGAUUUUAUAACAGUUUCAGGGGAAUUUCGACUUUGUAAUUGCAAGUUUUUGGGGUUUUGGGUGAUGGGUUGGAGGUACAAAGCUGGGUUGGGAUUGAUUUGCACUGUUGUGUUCAUAUGGGUUGCAUCUGCAGAGGUUACUCAGAGAAUAUUUGAGAAGUAUAAACAGCCAUUCGCUCUCACUUAUCUGGGUGUGUCUCUGAUGGUAGUUUAUUUACCCAUUGCACUUCUAAAAGACUUUAUCUGCCACUUACUGAACUCGAAAGUCUCGAAUCUAUUCAUGAACCUUUACUAUCGUGACUCCGUCAUGAGCUCUUCGGAUGGACUUGAUAUUCCUCUUAGAAUAAAUGAGAUGCAUGACAGCCCGGAAUCUGAUUUGGGAACGGUAUUGAUAACUGACAAGGAUCUUAGUGAAACAGAAGAGGGAUGGCCUCGGAUUACAGAGAAUGAUAAUGAGGAUCAUCUCUUGCUUGAGCAGAGUAAUGAACUUAAUUCAUGGGAGAUUGCAAAAAGGGGUCUAUAUCUUGCUCCGAUAUGGUUCACUACAGAGUAUUUAUCGAAUUCUGCUCUAGCAAACACAAGCGUGGCAAGUACUACGGUUUUAACAUCAACUUCAGGGCUCUUUACUCUUUUCUUUGGAGCCCUUCUUGGUCAGGACUCUAUAAAUAUCUCCAAGGUGGUUGCUGUCUUUAUCAGCAUGGCCGGUGUUGCCAUGACGACUGCUGGAAAAACGUGGGCACCGGAUCAAAUGCUGAGUGCUUCUGAGACUAGAAGACAUUCCAUCAUAGGAGACAUUUUUGGCCUUCUUUCAGCUAUAUCAUACGGCUUAUUUACAGUAAUGCUCAAGAAAUUUGCUGGAUCAGAGGAAGGCAAGGGAGACAAUGCGGAUGUGCAAAAGUUCUUUGGAUACAUUGGCCUUUUCACUUUUAUUGGCUUGUGGUGGCUCAUAUGGCCGCUCAAUGCUUUGGGGAUCGAACCUCCAUUCACGUUUCCACAGUCAACAUCUGUUGGAGAAGUUGUGUUGUUGAAUGGCAUUGUAGGGAGUGUUCUGUCAGACUACUUUUGGGCCCUCUCCGUGGUGUGGACAACUCCUUUGGUAGCCACUUUAGGCAUGUCCUUAACAAUACCCCUUGCAAUGGUGGCCGACAUCAUUAUACACGGGCGUCAUUACUCUGCAAUCUACAUCUUAGGAUGCGUUCAGGUUUUUGCAGGUUUUGUUAUAGCCAACAUUUCAGACAAGCUCUUGAUUAAGCGACGAUUUAGCAGCCUUGUAUGCAGCACAUCACAAAUGUACGUAUAUUGACGGACUCUAUAGAAGUAAAAUUAGAAAAAGAAAAGAAUCUGUCAGCCGCUACUGCUAGCUUUACAAAAAAACCACAAAGUAAGUAGUGAAAUGGUACUUGUAAGCUGGUUGUGUAUUGGGAUGGAGAACUGAUGCAAUUAUGUACUGGAUAUGAGUGAAUUGUAGUUGAAUGUGAAAAUACACUAAUGUACCACUCCUUAUUAUAUCAAGUUCCUCACUGUUUGUAGUGG